AUGGGAAACAACUUGAUAAAAUUUGAUCCUUAUAUGUCUCGUAUAAUAUGUCUACAAGAAUAUGCCGAUCCUCAACAAAUCGGCACCGUCUACUUUGUGAAACACAAAGCAGGGAGCAACAUUGCACCAAAUGAAAUCUCAAAACACACACACUACGGUCUUGCUAUUGAUAUAACAGGAUCGUCAACAAAACGUACUUUUUGUGCUACACAUUACGAUCUAUGCAUUGAGAAGUCAACGAAUCAUUUCACAUAUAUUGACUGUGAAUUUAAAGAACGACCAUGGGAUUAUUAUUAUGAAGUUAGAGAAAUAGGAAAAAUUCCAUCGAACGAAAUUCAAAAAUUUUAUGUGCCAAGUUAUUUUGCAGAAGAUUUGAGAUUUAAACUUAUAAAUAACGUUCAUUAUGCUGUGUCAAUGAAAAAUCAAGGAACAAAGUGGUCAUCAAUGCUCAACUGCCAGACAUUUACUCGUGCUGCAAUACAAUAUUUAGGUUUCGAUUUUCCAUCCGACAUAAUAAUAGUUAGUGAUUGUUUACCAUCGAUGGUUGACAUUUACAUGUCUAGUCGUCUGACAGCUGCAUACGUUAAAGAACAAAAAAAAUGA